AUGAAGAAACCUAAAUGGAACAGUUUGCAGCAUAGCCUUGCAGUUCUUGUAGACACUUCUUUGAAUAAAAGAGAUGAUGGCCCAAGAUUUCUGUCUCGGGGUCAUUCGUUCAGGACGGUGGUUGGAGACACAUUGCUGCUGCCGUGUCAAGUACAAAACUUAGGUUCUCUGGUCCUGCUAUGGAGACGGGGACCAGCCGUGUUGACCGCAGCAAGUCUGAUGGUGACCAGGGACGAGAGAUUCCGCUUGGUGGAUGGAUACAACCUUCAGAUUACUGAUGUUGGACCACAGGAUGCUGGGGAUUAUGUGUGCCAGAUAUCUGAUCGUGUGGCUCGGGACCAGGUUCAUACCGUGGAGGUAUUGGUACCUCCGAGCGUAAGACCCUCGCCGGAGUCGAGACACGCCGCUGCCAGGCGAGGUGGGGCUGCAGUGCUGGAGUGUAGGGCUUCGGGAAACCCCGUGCCUUCUGUCGUGUGGCAUAAACUUAACGACUCGUCAGUGCGUCUGGGUGAGGGACCCCAACUACAGCUGUCUCGUCUGGAGAGGCAGCACAGUGGAAGAUAUGCCUGUACAGUGGAUAAUGGUGUUGGACCUCCCAUUGUUACGGAGUUCCAGCUACAAGUACUCUUCCCUCCAGAGAUCACAGUGGAGAGGUCUUGGGUGCACACUGGAGAAGGGUUCCGAGCCGAACUGCUGUGUACAGUACUGGCAGAUCCACCUGCUGAGGUGCUGUGGUACCAGAACUCUUUCCCUCUCAGCGCUUCAGACCGUGUCACCAUGUCAGUUCGUGGUAACAAUCACACCCUGCUUAUUGCUAACGUUCAGCCUGAAGACUUCGGCAACUACACAUGCGUGUCGGACAACAGCCUUGGUCGCGCUCGGCAACACGUGGAGGUGUCUGGGCGACCCGGCCCCGCCCGCUUCACCUCACCCCCGCUGGCGCGCUCAGCUCACGCGUACACACUCGCGUUCGCGGUUGACAGUUAUCCCCCGCUUGACGAGUUGAGAUUAUUGUAUCGGCAAUUAGCUAUAAACGAGUCUUUCCAGCAGCCAGGGCGGUGGCAUGACGUGGUUAUUCCUGCUCCGGAGCCGACAGGAUCUCUGACGCACAGAGUGACCCAUGAACUGCGAGGGCUGGAGUCAGGAGCAGUCUACGAGGCCAUCGUCCAGGCUAAAAACAGAUACGGCUGGAAUGAGGUCAGCGACAUAUUUCAAUUCCACACUCUGGGCGGUGCGCACACGGCGUACGCCAAUGAACUAACACCACUGUUCUCGUCGGCGUCCAAACAUCAACUGACAGACUUGUCUUUAAUCAUCAUGGCAUGUUUCGUUUUAAAAUUGGAGCUGCCAUAUGUGUUCUAAGUUUAAAUAAUUGACUUUUUUUAAAUGGUUUUAGGUACAUGCCAUUGAUAUCUUUGGAAUUCAUAAUUUAAUUUAUGGUUCACAGAUUGAGGUCUUUUUAUGUAUUGUUUUUUCCAGAGAAAUUAAAACAAUUCAAAAUUGAGCUAAUCAUUUUUAAGAAUACUGUUGUAUUAUGUAAGAAAAGAAUCGUUCUAAUUUUAAAAUCCUAACGGAAGUUUAUCCAUGGUUGUGUGUAUUUUUUUAAAUGAAUACCUGUAAACCUGUAAACAUCAGUUCAUCAGAAAUCAUCUCACUAUCGCUCUACUGAACAAAAAUUGCGUGCGUACAUAGUACACAUGUCAGAAAUGAAACUUGCAUUGUGCAUGAACCUCUAAACUGCAUAUGAAGUCCUGGUACGUGUUGCUAGGAUGACACAUGAUUUCAACCGCUAUGAAAGACAUUACUAUCACCGCUUCUAUAUUUAUGUUCUUCUGGUGUCUAUGUACUAAUACGUCGUGCGCUAGACGUCAGAAUAUAGGUAUACUCGCGUCAUACAUAAGACAAAUACUUCAUCAAUUAUGAUCGCCUGGAACCAACACACUGUACAAUGCUUCCUAUCUCAUUUUAUCCCACGUUAAUUCUUUUGAAUUUAUGUGGCUCUCGUUUUAUAGUAUCGCGCGUUUUCGUUUCAUCGACUUUCAAAUCACAACGAUGCUAUAGAAGUUUUCACUUCAAAAACUAGCUCUGAUAUUAGACUGUUUUUGGUCCACAAUUUUGUGUCUGAAAUCAUGAAUUUCUAAUAUGCAAUCAACGCAUAUAUGCCCUUUGACGUUCUAUAAUCUAACCAUGUCAGACGAGUUGAAAUAUGUAGGAUUGGAGGUAAAUUUAUAAAAACCACUACGGUUGACAUUGACAAUUGCAAAAACCCUUCCAAUUUAAUGAUACAAGUCACCAUCGAAACCAAGAAAACAAAUACGUUAGAUUUUAAAAUCUAAGCUAAAUUUAUGACAGUUAGUACAGACUGUCAACCACAGAGUUAAACAGAGCUACAUAUUACGAAUUGCUGUUUUAACUUCGCAGACCAAAAAUACUCCUAAUGAUUAUGCAGUUAAUAUGUAUGAGCUGGGUUUAACCAUAUUUCAUUUGAUUUCCCCUUUAAAUAACGUAAUUGCAAUAAACUAUAAUCAUAAGGCAUGGGUUAUCAUUAUUUCAUUAGUUAUUAGCUAUGCAAAUUGGCCCCAAAAUUUUCCAAUUAAAUGGAUAUGUGUAUGUAAAAAUUAAAAAUAACUGAAUAUUUUUAGAUUUGGCAGAAAAUUUUGCCAUACAUAAUCAAGAAUGAGUUAUUUUCUUUAAAGUCUCGACGUCAGAUGAACACUUUGACGUUACCAGCACAUGUAGGUGACGUGUUAAGUAACGCUUGUAAAAGUUUACUUGAGUAGAAUUUGUCUACUAUAUUACCAUAAAUACUAUCGUCAAACGAUAUUAUAACACCAAAAAUAGAUAAGAUAGUGUUGUAACAACUAAAGUAUCUACUAGUAAUAUUAGACAUAAUGCCUCUAGAUCUUUGAUAAUUAAUCUGAACCUAAAAACGAAAUUAAUAGAAAACUAAAUUGUAGUUGCAACAAAAUAGCAGUAUCAGAUCGAUACUAGUUUAGAUUUCAAGUAAUUUUGAUCAAUUACGAGGUGGUAGAAACUCGUAACUAAUAUAAUAGUACGAAGGGGCAACAAGAUAUAAGCUUUUUUUUAGUAUAACAAUAACAGGUCUAUACAGGACUUCAAUAAAAUCAAAUUAAAGUCUUAAAUGUUGAUUUCCAACCCAGAUAUAUUGUGGACAAAUUUAUCAUCACCUUCUAUACAUUACUGAAAUGUGUAAUGUAAAUUGUGCCUGUCAUUGUGUAUGUAAGAAAAUUUAGUGACCCCAGAGUUGUACCUUGCGUGACCCUUGAUAAUGUUGAUCUGUGACCACACAAAUGAUUGUGUAAAGAUUAAAACCAUUUUACCGCAUCCAUAUACUUAAAUGAAUUUAUAAUAAGUAAUUACUUAGUAAUAUUUAAUAAUAAGCAAUAAAUUGUGUUAGUGAUAAUAUGGCUAUUUAGACUUAAUACUCUUUUGCAAGCUCUUUAAUAUAUUUAUAAUGUAAAUAAACAAAUUUUGUUUCGUAGAUUUUAAGUUAAAUUUUAUAUGAAAAUGAUGGUUUUGUCUAGGAGUGGAUUAAAUUAAGUGCAAUAUUUUGAUUAAGUAUAUCGAAAGCUAAUCUCAAAUCUGUAUGUUUUUACGAAGAGUUUUGAUGUGAGAGCUACUGGGUUUAUUAUAUUCAUUACAAAAUAUGUGCAUGUCUUACAGAUAGUUUUAUGUAAUUAUGAGAAUAGUGACAAAUUAAGAUCCAAUUGAAGGUUUAAGCACGAUUUUUACCCUACGGGCAUUCUUGGACGUAGAACACUCAUAAGAUUAUAGUACGUACUCGAAUUUUGGUUUACACAUAAUGCGAGUCCAACGUCCAAGUAGUGUUUGUAAAAGCACAAUCAACUGAUCCGUUAAGUCCAGCCAUCUAGAUAUUUAUAAUCUUUUAUAGUCAACUUCAAUACGUCUUCUGCAUCUUAUACAUCUACAAAUCUUAACUGUGUCGCAUUCAUUCCAAUUAUUGAGAUGACACCAUUUUGCUUUUAUUUCAGUGAACUCUCUAAUGCGGUCGCUCAGAUCACGUUUACCAGAAUGUAACUAGUUACAUUAGGACACUAGUGUCCUCAUAUAGAGAAAACCGUGCUUUAACAACUAGAAAUUCGCUGAUGAUAUAUUUUUGCAUUCAGUGAUCAAAUGCUGCGAUUGUCAUAUUAAAAACUCUUCGUUAUUAUCUCAGCCUAUGGCAAAAGGCAUUUGUUUUCUCAAAAUUGAUUCCUUUAGAAUUAUUUUUGAUGCCAUUUCUAAUAUACUAGAUACUAUUACUACCGCUAUGAUAAAAAUCUCAAAUAACCUCGGAGUUUAAUAUGGCUUUAUUGAAUAUUAUUUCCUAUUAAAAUUUAACAAAGUAACCUCUUUACAUUAGAUGUCCGUAAUUCUGACUGGUAUAAACUCAAAUUAUUUUCGUUUGAAUACUUAGUGUUGAACGUUUAGUGGAGCAUUUUUACUAUCAAUUUUUUUUUUAUAAGUGGGUUACCUAAAUUAAAUUUAAAUGUUAUCACAAUUAUCUAGUGUACAGCAACUGAAUGUGGGCAAUUGAAAAAGGUAGGUUACAAACGAAGUUGGCCAUUUCCUUUUCAUCCGUACUCAUUUGAAUUCUGAAAUGUGUAUGGGCUAGAGAUAGUCUUUGACAGUUACAACUAAUUAUUUCUGCUGCUAAAAUCUCAUGUGAAUCUCUAAAACCGCUGUACUUAGUUAAUUAGUCAAUAAGUAUGAAAUUGUAAAAACUCGCCGUAGGUUACCAUUUUUGACAUUUUUUUCCAUAAAACACCGACCCGUAGAAAAAUAAACGUGUAACUCUAUGUAA